GGGUUGAUUAUUAGGGGAACAGAGACUUGGGGUAGGACGCCAACGAACAAAUCAAAGAAGACUAGACCUAGUCGACACGCAGUAUUGGGAAGCUGGCAUCUUUUCGUUGACUUAGAUGUUCUAUGGUCUUGGGUCUUGGGCUAGCCGCUGACAGCAGUAGGACCGAAGAAUGGACUCGAUUUUGUGAAGCAGUCUGUGGAAAUCGUUGGCUCUUACUAGCGGGAAUGGGAAACCGGACACCUAUUUGUGGACCGGGGGACUAUGAACUUAUCCGAGUCUUUCCAAAUGCUGACGCCUCAACAAGCGGUGCUGGAGGGGCAGGAAUUCCAUACGAUCGAACCAAUCUACAAGAAAUUGUUGAACAAGCUCAGAGUCCGGACCCGGAGGUUCAAAUGCUGGCUGUAACUCAGGCUCGAAAGCUUCUUUCGUCUGAUCGGAAUCCGCCAAUUGAUGACCUUAUUUCUAGUGGAAUUCUCCCUAUUUUGGUCAAUUGUUUGGAAUCUACUAAUUCGACACUUCAAUUUGAGGCUGCUUGGGCAUUAACUAACAUUGCUAGUGGUACUUCAGAACAAACUAGAGCUGUUGUUCAGGCUGGAGCUGUUCCUCAUUUUUUGAAAUUGUUGGAUUCUCAAAAUAUGAAUGUUUGUGAACAAGCUGUUUGGGCACUUGGAAAUAUUAUUGGUGAUGGACCGCAUUUUAGAGACUAUUGCAUUGAAUUGGGAAUUGUUCAGCCUUUGUUGAAAUUUGUUGCUCCAGAGAUUCCGCUUAACUUUUUGCGUAACGUUACUUGGGUUAUGGUUAAUCUUUGCCGUAGUAAGGAUCCUCCACCUAAUCGUCAAAUUGUUCAAAUGUUAUUGCCUGCACUCGCCAUGUUGAUCCAUCAUCAAGAUACGUCUAUUCUUGUUGACACUGUUUGGGCGCUCUCUUAUUUGACGGAUGGAGGGAAUGAUCAAAUACAACUUGUUAUUGAUUCUGGGGUUGUUCAAUUUCUGGUUCCUUUAUUGGCUACUCCAGAAGUUAAGGUUCAAACGGCUGCUCUUAGGGCUGUUGGAAAUAUUGUGACCGGAACAGAUGAGCAAACUCAGCUUGUACUUGAUUGUGGUGCUCUCCAAUUAAUGCAGCCACUUCUUUCUCAUACAAAGGAUAAGAUCAAUAAGGAGGCUGUUUGGUUCCUUUCCAACAUAACCGCUGGCAAUGAGAGUCAAGUUCAAGCUGUAAUUGAUGCUGGUCUUAUACCGAUGAUCAUUCAUCUUUUGGAUAAAGGAGAUUUCCAAACGCAAAAGGAAGCUGCUUGGGCUGUUUCUAACGUGACAAUUAGUGGACGAGCGGAGCAUGUGCACUAUAUGGUAGAGAAUGGGGUAAUUGUACCAUUUUGCAACCUUCUCGGCGUGCGUGACCCACAAAUUGUUCAAGUAGUUUUGGAUGGGUUAAAUAACAUUUUGAAAAAGUCAUGCGCCCAAACUGAUGAAGUUUGCCAGAAAAUUGAAGAAUGUGGAGGUCUUGACAAAAUUGAACAUCUUCAGAACCAUGAAAGCGAAGAAAUCUAUAAAAUGGCUUAUGAAAUUAUUGACAAUUUCUUUUCGUCUGAAGAAGAGGAUGAAUUGGUUCAGGCUGCAGCAGGUUUUUUAAAUUUUCUUUUUGUUUAAAAUGUGUAAGGGUUUUCUAUGAGAGAGAAAUUUUGACGUUGUCUGGUGUCAUGUGUUUAUGAACAAAUUUCUUUGCGUUUUGCGACCAAAAAUGACAUGAAGUAGGGUUAACAGUUCUUGGAAAAUCUUUAGAAAUCCGAAACUGAACCGAAGAAUCCUAGCAUCGAGAGAAAAUUGGGGGAGUGAGCAAUCGAAUUUGGCAUGCAAUUUUUCUCUUUGUCUUCUGAAUAUAAUUUUUGGUCGUAUGAUGCUUU